GCGCCGGCUCUGUUGCGGCCCGUGCGGAGGCUGAGCCGGCCGCGGGAGCGACCGGAGGCAGGCUGCUGUGAGGAAGAAAUGCAGUCAUGCCCAGAAGUGCCACUGCCUUAAAUCCUCAGGCAAGAAAAGGGGGAAGUUAAUGAAUAAACUCUCAUCAAGUUUCUGUUAGAUACCAGCACUCCGCGUUCUUUCUGUUACUAUGGCAAUGACGGCAGGGACCACAACCACCUCUCCUAUGAGCAACCAUACCCGGGAAAGGGUGACUGUGGCCAAGCUCACGCUGGAGAAUUUUUACAGCAACCUAAUUUUACAGCAUGAAGAGAGAGAAACCAGGCAGAAGAAAUUAGAAGUGGCUAUGGAAGAAGAAGGAUUAGCAGAUGAAGAGAAAAAGUUACGCCGAUCACAACAUGCUCGCAAGGAAACAGAGUUCUUACGGCUCAAGCGGACCAGACUUGGCUUGGAUGACUUUGAGUCUCUGAAAGUUAUAGGAAGAGGAGCAUUUGGAGAGGUGCGGCUGGUCCAGAAGAAAGAUACAGGCCAUAUCUAUGCAAUGAAGAUAUUGAGAAAAGCUGAUAUGCUUGAAAAAGAGCAGGUGGCCCAUAUCCGAGCAGAAAGAGAUAUUUUAGUAGAAGCAGAUGGUGCCUGGGUGGUGAAGAUGUUUUACAGUUUUCAAGAUAAGAGGAACCUUUAUCUAAUCAUGGAAUUUCUCCCUGGAGGUGACAUGAUGACAUUGCUAAUGAAGAAAGAUACUUUGACGGAAGAGGAAACACAGUUCUACAUUUCAGAGACUGUUCUGGCAAUAGAUGCGAUCCACCAGUUGGGUUUCAUCCAUCGGGAUAUUAAACCAGACAACCUUUUAUUGGAUGCCAAGGGUCAUGUAAAAUUAUCUGAUUUUGGUUUGUGCACGGGAUUAAAGAAGGCUCAUAGGACUGAAUUCUACAGAAAUCUUACACACAACCCACCAAGUGACUUCUCAUUCCAGAACAUGAACUCAAAGAGGAAAGCAGAAACAUGGAAGAAGAACAGGAGACAACUGGCAUAUUCCACAGUGGGGACACCAGAUUACAUUGCUCCAGAAGUGUUCAUGCAGACUGGGUACAACAAAUUGUGUGACUGGUGGUCUUUGGGAGUAAUUAUGUAUGAAAUGCUAAUAGGAUAUCCACCUUUCUGCUCUGAAACACCUCAAGAAACAUAUAGGAAAGUGAUGAACUGGAAAGAAACUCUGGUAUUUCCUCCAGAGGUGCCUAUAUCUGAAAAAGCCAAGGACUUAAUUCUUAGGUUUUGUAUUGAUUCUGAAAAUAGAAUUGGGAAUAGUGGAGUAGAAGAAAUAAAAAGUCAUCCCUUUUUUGAAGGUGUAGAUUGGGGGCACAUCAGGGAAAGGCCAGCAGCAAUCCCUAUAGAAAUCAAAAGCAUUGAUGAUACAUCAAAUUUUGAUGACUUUCCUGAAUCUGAUAUUUUACAACCAGUGCCAAACACCACAGAACCGGACUACAAAUCCAAAGACUGGGUUUUUCUCAAUUAUACCUAUAAAAGGUUUGAAGGGUUGACUCAGCGUGGCUCUAUCCCCACCUACAUGAAAGCUGGGAAAUUAUGAAUGAAGAUCAACAUUCGCUCACAACCAAGAGAACUCAGGUAGCUGCAUCACCAGGCUUGCUUGGCGUAGAUAACAGUACACUGAAAUACUCCCGAAGAUGGUGGUGCUUCUGACUACAAGAGGAAAUUCUACAGGAUUAGGAUUUCUAAGACUACUACAGGAAUUGGUUGGCAGUGCCAGCUGGCUUUUUUUUUUUUAAUAUUUUAUUAUUUUUGUUAACUUUAUUAUAUGAAGGUACUGGAAUAAAAGAAAUGUACAUCCCUUUCUAACUGCACUGCCUACAUGCGUAUUAAGGCCCAUUCUGCCUGUGUGUGCUGUGGCUUUGUACUGUAACACCUCUAAUCAAUUCAGGAGCAACAUAUGUCAUUUAAAGCAACAUAGGCUAACCUGUAGGUAACACUGCAGUACUGCUGUUUUACUGCAAACCUUAUGGGUCUAGAUAAUCAAUAAAAGCCAUUAGAACACUUGCCCUGUUGGUUUGGACAUGUAUAGAAUAUAUAUGAAGAUAAUUUCUGUAAUGGUUUUAAGACAUUUUAAAAAGGAAAUACACUGGUUAUUUAAAAAAUAGAAUUUAUCAUCAUGUUAUUGCACAAACUCCACAGUAGGGAGUGACAAGUUUAUAAUAAGGAGGAAGUUUUAACACCUUCACUCAAGCACUCCACUAAUAUAUUUACUUUGCAUUCAGAAAUACUGAUGACCUUUAUAUACGUAGUCUGUAUACUCAUAGGGAGACGUACUGUAUUAUAUAAAAUGUAAAGUUGCUUUUCUUGUGACAAGAGGACUUCUUUUUUAACAAGAGGACAUGGCAUUAUUUUAAUUUGAUUAUGGUGAGUUGAAUUUAAGAAAUGACCAUGAGGGCUGCUUGUAGAGAACUAGUGUAUUUUUAUUAAACUAUUUUUUUAAACGUCAGACUUCUGAUCAUGUAAAUGGACUUGUAGAGAACAAAGAGCUAUUUACUUUGGUUUUCUAGAAAGUUGUUACAUAUCAUGGCUGGUUAACUCUUAUUUCUUUUGAUGAAAAUUUUUCCUUUGAUAGUACUUGUAUUAUUGUGCCAUUAUUUUCUUAUACUCCAAAUGUACCAAAGAUCCCGAAUAGAGUGGAUGUUCACAGCUGAGGAGAAUUUUCCUGUCCUGUGGGAAUGCUGUCUUCAGAUCGUUGAUAGAGGCCAGCUCAUUCAAGGGCAGUAUUGUUCACGCUUAGCUACAUCACCGUGGCUAAUGUAAAUGGAAUUAAGGAAGUAAAUGAAGGCCGGUGGGUUGUGAUUAGAGAAUAGGGGUGAUGAUGUCAGCAGCAAAUUCUUUGGGUAUUUCCCUAAGAAUGGAAUAGUGUUUUCUAGCUCCAUAUUUUAAUUUUAAAAUGACUCUCUGAGGUUUUGGUUUCAUCAGUAGUAGUGGAGAAGUAAUACUUGAUCAAAGAAUGGCCUAAUGUUUGUCUUAACUGUUAACUGGUGGAAUUUUUUUAGAUACAAUAGUUAUCACUGUUGCAAAUGAUCUGUGAUCAGAAUCUACAAUGAUAAUUUAUUUGCACGGAUGUUCUUCUUAGUGGAGAAGAAUUGCAUAGGAUCGUUAUGCACAUCUACAAAAGAUUUUAUAAAUGUCGCUGCUUGCUGGGGAACUCCACAGUGUUUUAAUAAGGUCAUUCUAGGUUUUUUUCCUGCCCUGUUCUCCCCUUCCCUUCCUCCCCAUUCCUUCCCUUCCUUUCCCUUUCCCUCACCCCACUCUUUCCUAGUAUUUGUUUGAUACUCAUUAUGUGUUCAUCUAAUAGUUCAUUUCCAUUUUUCUUAUUUGGAUCAUCUCUCAUCUAGGAGAGAGAACUAUUAAAAUCCUGGGGUUAUCUCAAUUUGACUAACUCUGGUUUUUCUAAUUAUAACUGCCUCUAAUUUUAAAAAAUCUUUAACUUACGUUUAGUUGUAUGAGAUUUUUCUCACCCCCCCCCCAUUUUAAAAAAGGAUGUUUUGCUAGUGUGAUAGUGAAUGGGUAAGAUAUGGGGAAAUUGCAACAUUCUCUGGCUCUAAUAUGGUAACUCUUAUAGUAUAAAAAAAUUCAUUAAUUCAAGUUAGAGUGAGAGAUUGAUACAAAGGAGCUGAGUUUAGCUUUUAAUUGAAUAAGAAUAGAGCAUUUUAGUUUCCAUCUCCUUCAUUCUUAUUAAUAGGAAGAACUUGGGAAUAGUUAUGGUUUCUUGGCAGUGGAAGGGCAGUUAGGGAAAAUUUACUUUGUUUAGAGUCUCAUUUUUCCCUGGAGUUAAUGGAGUGAUUCAUAAUCUUUGGGGUUUCCUCCUCAUCAAAAGCAUUUCUUAAGUGCCUAUCUAAAAGCAAUUAAAGACUGUGUCUGCCCUUUGGAAGCUAAGAAUUUGAUUCAUGAUGCAAAUUAGCUAGAUGAUUUGCGAAGUACCCUUGAGAUUGAAUUUUCUCUAUUAUAUACUUCCCAUAUUUCAGGUGAACCAUUUAAUUUAAAUGACAAAACCCUAUCUAGUCAACUGAGCAUAUGACAUUUUCUUUAAAUUAGACUCUAUUUUGAAUUAAAGAGUUUUGUUAUAAACUGUGUGUUCUUGGUUUUUCUAAGUAUUUAGAAAGCUUGUAUAAUUCAGAUUUA